AUGUCACCAAAACGUCUCAUUGUCUGCUGUGAUGGAACCUGGAAAGACGCCACAGCAGAUAAUCAACAACCUCCGUCAAAUGUCACCCGACUAACACGGACGUUAAGUCGCGUGGCAGUGGUAGAAGAGAACGGCCAGACACAAGAGAUUCCCCAGAUCGUCUAUUACCAAAAAGGCGUUGGGACGGGCCUAGGGGACAAGUAUUUCGGGGUGAGAAAUACAGGAGUCGCCGGAAUCGGCCUCAGCGCCAACGUCCGCGCCGGCUACGGCUUCCUAGUCGACAACUACACCCCGGGGGACAAAAUCUACUUUUUUGGAUUCUCCCGCGGAGCCUACACCGCGCGAGCGAUCGCAGGGUUGGUCUGUGAAUUAGGACUAUUAACCCCGCGAGGCAUGGAUAAUUUCGCCAACGUCUAUGACGACUUCUAUAACCGGAAAUUGCCCGUGUAUGAUGACGAGAAACGUCGACAGCUGGGAUUCCGGGACCGGCUUCCGCGAUUCACGGUCCAGAUUAUUGGGGUUUGGGAUACGGUGGGGUUUCAUAAACCGUGGUUGUGGUCGGGGGAGAAACUCGAGUUUCGGAAUACGUUGUUGUCCAGGGGGGUUAGGUAUGCGUUUCAUGCGCUGGCGCUGGAUGAAGAGAGGAGUGCCUAUCAGCCGACGCUUUGGCAUGAGCCGGAGGAUGGUGAUGAGAGGCAGGAACUGCUGCAGGUGUGGUUCUCGGGGGUGCAUACGGAUGUGGGUGGGGGAGGGGAGGAUCCGAGAUUGGCGAAUGUUGCUUUGGGGUGGAUGAUUGCGCAGUGUAUGAAAGAUGGGCAGUUGAGUUUUGAUGUCGAGGGGUAUUUGUUUGAUGAUCCGCCGCGGGGGGUGGAGGUGGAUGCUGUUCCGUGGGCGACGGUGUUGGGGAAGAGUGAUACGGGGAGUUUUACUCGGACGGUGGAGACCAUUCUGGGUGGGAAGUCGAAAAGAACGCCCCUUGGCUAUAGGCAGGUGGGUGGUGGGGAGUCGCGGCCUACGAAUGAGAUGAUUCAUGUUUCUAUCAAGGAUCGUGUUUUGAAUGGAGAGGGAACGACGGCUGGAGCUGUGUCGUGGCCUUCGCUGGUGGUCAAGGCUGCAGAGUCUGAUCAAGUUUGGACGCUGCACAGUGGAAAGGAAUUGGCUCAAACGGUGGCGUUGGAACAGGAACUGUUUAUGAAGGGAAGGAUUCGCACGGUGCAUGUUGACCAGGUGGAUUGA